GUAUUCAGUCUUUAGAGAAUCGUUCGUCAGCACAGUGCAAAAUGUCCUCCACUCAGCCAGCAUUUAAAGUUCUUAUUGGCCAUCCAGAUGUUCCGGAAGAAGCCAUUGAUUUGCUACGUAAAAACAAUUGUGAAAUAGUUCAGAUUUUAAGUGAACCGCCACAGCAUCGCAUUGAAUUGCUGGAGAAAAUCAAAGGCGUCGACGCUGCCCUCUGGAAUAGUCGUGAGACACUCAAUGCAGAGGUUUUAAUUGCUGCUGGACCGCAAUUCAGAGUAGUAUCUACCAUGUCAUCGGGCAUUAAUUUCAUACACUUGGAAGAGUUGAAGAAACGUAACAUUCCCUUGGGUAGCACACCGAAAAUGUUGAGCAUAGCCGUAGCUGAUUUGGCGGUUGGUCUACUAAUAGCAGCAGCACGACGUUUUGAAGAGGCACGUAGGAAAAUUGAUAGUGAUCAAUGGGAGGAUUUCCGUCUCAAUUGGUUGGUGGGUCAAGAUAUACAAGGCUCAACUGUGGGUCUAUUUGGUUUUGGUGCUAUUGGGCAGGCUAUAGCACAACGUUUGGCUGGUUUUGAGAUUGAACGAGUUCUUUAUACUACACGUAGUCGAGUGAAUGCGACAAUAGAAGAGAAAUUGAAUGCCACAAAGGUUGAUUUUGAUGUUUUGUUGGCCGAAAGUGAUUUCAUUAUCAUUGCUGCUCCCUUGACUCCCGAAACACAGGGCAUUUUUAAUGCCAAAGCCUUUAACAAGAUGAAGGAAAACUCUGUUCUAGUCAAUAUUGCAAGAGGAAAACUUGUUAAUCAGGAUGAUCUAUAUGAGGCUUUGAAAACGAAUAGAAUAUUUGCCGCUGGUCUAGAUGUCACAGAUCCUGAACCUCUGCCACCCAGUAACAAGUUAUUAACUCUGGACAAUGCUGUUGUCCUUCCCCACAUUGGCUAUGCCACAGAACGAUCACGCCUUGAGGCUGCCAUACUGGCUGCCCAGAAUAUCCUUUGUGGCUUACAUGGCAAGCCAAUGCCAUCGCCUGCCUACUAAGUUGUCCCAGAAAAAUAUAUAAUAAAUCGUUUAUUUGUGAUUACUAA